AUGCCCUGCUCACCGAGACUUCUCGAGCAGAAAACCCCUGUAACCCCCAUCGGUUACGGGGCAAUGUCCCUCAGCGCAUACUACACCAACACACCCGAACCGGACUCCAAACGCCUCGCCUUCCUAGACCACGUCUACGCCACCGGGCAACGCUUCUGGGAUACAGCGAACAACUACGGCGACAAUGAGGAAUUAAUCGGCAAGUGGCUGGCGCUGAAUCCCGACAAACGGAAAGAUAUAGUUCUGGCGACGAAAUUCGGGCAGGUGGGUGGCGGACCGGGGAGAAAUGAUGCAGCGUAUGCGCGAGAGUGUUGCGAAAGGAGUCUGGAGAAGCUUCAGACGAGUUAUAUCGACUUGUACUAUGUGCAUCGGGUUGAUACGGCAGUUCCGAUUGAGAAGACCGUGGAGGGGCUGGUGGGACUGGUUCGCGAAGGGAAAGUUCGCCAUAUUGGUCUUUCGGAAGUGUCGCCUCAGACUCUUCGGAGGGCUCACGCUGUGCACCCCAUCGCCGCAAUUCAGAUGGAAUACAGUCUUUUCGCGUUGGACGUCGAAAAGCCCAAGACUGACCUCCUGAACACCACCAAGGAACUCGGCGUCGCGCUUGUGGCAUACUCGCCUUUGAGCCGGGGGCUAUUGUCCGGCCGGCUGAAGAGUCCUGACGACCUAGAAGAGGGGGAUUUUCGAAGGGGAAUACCACGUUUCUUUCCAGAGAACUUCCACAAGAAUCUAGAGCUGGCUGAGAAGUUGCAUACUAUUGCUGCCCGGAAUGGCAUAACGGUAGGCCAAUUGGCGCUGGCGUGGUUGUUGGCGCAAGGCGACAAUGUCAUCCCCAUACCAGGGACGAAGAGUAUUGACUACUUUAAUGAGAAUAUGGGGGCAUUGGAGGUGGAGUUGGGUAUGCAAGAUCUGCGGGAGAUUCGGGCGGCAGCGGAAAAGGCCGAUGUCAGAGGGCAUCGAUAUGCUGUGGAGACGUCGCCAAACUCGUAUUUUGCAGAUACGCCACCGUUGGAAUGA